CGCUUCCUGCGCACAGGUCGUAUCCUGCUGGACAUGCCGUGCAAGGUGUGCCUCGACCACUCCUCCGGGAAGCACUACGGGAUAUUCGCAUGCGACGGGUGCGCCGGCUUCUUCAAGCGCUCCAUACGCCGCAACCGGCAGUACGUGUGCAAAGCCCGAGGCGCGGCCGCCAACGGUUGCCCCGUGGACAAGACGCACCGCAACCAGUGUCGCGCCUGUCGCCUACGCAAGUGCCUGGAGGCCGGCAUGAACAGGGAAGCUGUUCAGCACGAGCGUGGCCCUCGUAACUCGACGAUACGCCGGCAGGUGGCGCUCUACUUCAAGGAAGGAAUAACGAGCGCGGGCCUGGGACCCCCGGUUCCCUCCGCCGCGCUGACGCGUGGCGCAGCCGCCGGGGUUCUGAGUGCAGCCGGAGCAGCGGCGGCGGCGGCGGCAAGCGUCGGUAGCCCUUUUGCAGCUUUGCACCCGGCACUGCUUGGUUCCGCUGGCGUAACACCCGAUGCAGCGAACAGCGUUGCGGCUACCGCCGCCUUUUACACGACGCCGUUGCUGAGGCCGCUGCCGGGAGCUGGACUCUGUCAUCCGACGCCGAAGUAUCCUUACGAAUUCCCAAGCGCCUUUCCUGAGACCAUCUGUGAGGCCGCGGCGCGGCUGCUCUUCAUGAACGUCAGGUGGAUGAAGCACGUGACCGCCCUGAGCGCCAUACCGAUGAGGGAUCAGGUGUUCCUAUUGGAAGAAGGGUGGCGGGAAAUGUUCGUGCUGUCGGCGGCGCAGUUCAACCUUCCCCUCGAAGUGGCGCCGCUACUCGCCGCAGCCGGCCUCUCCUCUGAGCCGUCGACGUCAGAGCGCGUGGAAGCCCUGAUAUCGGAUAUACGGAACUUUCAGGACGUCGUCGCCAAGUUGAAGGAUAUGGGAUUGGACCCGUCCGAGUACACGUGCAUGAAAGCCAUCGCGCUCUUCAAGACGAACUUCCCGGGUCAGCCUCCUGAGUCGCUACCUCUGAGGGACCCCGAAGCCGUGGGAGCCAUGCAAGACCAGGCGCAGACGACCCUCAUGCGCUGUGUCCAAGCGGUGCACCCGACGCAGCCGCACCGCUUCGGCAAGAUCCUGCUCGCACUGGCUUGGCUCUCCACCGUGCCUUCGGCGACGAUAGAAGAACUGUUCUUCCGAAAGACUAUCGGCACCAUACCCAUCGCGAGGCUGCUCGGAGACAUGUACAAGACGGGAGGCUUAUGAGCCAUUGAU